ACACUGACUCUAGAGCUCUCUUCGCCCUCUCUCUCAAUUCAUAGUUUCGGGUGACCACCACGCGCCGCCGGUUUAAUCUCCAAUCUUAACCAUUGAUCUCACUCCAUGGCUUUCUCCUCCUCCAUACAUUCUCGACUAGCUUUAAUCGCUUUACUCUCAGCAACCACUUUCUACUGCAUCCACAAAUACCGCCGCCUGAAACGUCUCAAAACCCUCUCCUCAAAGCUAAACCCUAGCGCCGCCACCAUCAGAGGAAAGAUCUUCUUCAUCUCCCAAACCGGCACAUCCAAGGCCCUAGCACAACGCCUCCGCGACCUAUUGGCGUCAAACGGCGUCGCAUUCGACCUCGUCGAUCCGCGAAGCUACGAGCCGGAGGAUCUCCCGAAGGAGACGGUAGCGAUCUUCGUCGCGUCGACGUGGGAGGGAGGGAAGCCGCCGAAGGACGGAGAGUUUCUCGUCGACUGGCUCUCCGAGAGCGCCGAGGAUUUCAGAGUCGGGUCGCUGAUUCUAUCGGAUUGCAGGUUCGCCGUGUUCGGCGUCGGGAGCCGUGCGUAUGGAGAGGCGUAUAACGCUGUGGGGAAGGAGCUGGCGAGGAGGAUGGUGGGGUUGGGUGGGGUUGAGAUGGUUCCGGUGGGGGAAGGAGACGUUGACGACGGAGAGAUGGAGGGAGUGUUUAGGGAUUGGUGUGAUGGAGUGAUUAGAGUUCUGAAGGGAGGCUCUGCUCGAGAAGGAGCUGAGAUUUUGCAUAAUGGUGAUGUUGGACUUGUGAGUGAUGGUGAAUAUGUUGAUUCAACAGAUGAGGAGGAGGAGGAGGAAGGGAAUGGUGAUAUUGUUGAUCUUGAAGAUAUUGCUGGGAAAGCUCCUUCAAGGAAGAAUGGUGUAGUGAAAGUGAAUAAAGGUGAUGGGAAGAAGGAGAUGGUGACUCCUGUUAUUAGAGCUAGCUUAACCAAGCAGGGAUAUAAGAUCAUUGGUUCGCAUAGUGGAGUUAAGAUUUGUAGAUGGACGAAGUCGCAGCUUAGAGGCAGGGGAGGUUGCUACAAGCACUCCUUUUAUGGCAUUGAGAGUCACAGGUGCAUGGAGACAACACCUAGUCUGGCUUGUGCAAACAAAUGUGUCUUUUGCUGGAGGCAUCACACAAACCCUGUGGGAAAGAGCUGGCAGUGGAAGAUGGAUGAUCCUAAAGAGAUUGUGAAAGGUGCUCUAGAUCUUCAUACAAAGAUGAUUAAACAGAUGAAAGGAGUUCCAGGUGUAACUGCAGAGAAAUUACAAGAAGGUCUAACACCAAGGCAUUGUGCGUUGUCACUUGUUGGUGAGCCAAUUAUGUAUCCAGAGAUCAAUGCCCUUGUAGAUGAGCUACAUGGAAAGCGUAUCUCCACAUUUUUGGUUACUAAUGCGCAGUUCCCCGAAAAGAUUUUGAUGAUGAAGCCCAUCACCCAGUUGUACGUAAGUGUAGAUGCUGCCACCAAAGAGAGCUUGAAGGCUAUUGAUAGGCCUCUCUUUGCGGACUUCUGGGAGCGCUUUAUUGACUCCUUGAAAGCUCUCCAGGAGAAGCAGCAGCGAACCGUCUACCGUUUAACACUUGUCAAAGGAUGGAACACAGAGGAGCUAGAAGCUUACUUCAACCUCUUCAGCAUCGGGAAACCUGAUUUCAUCGAGAUCAAAGGAGUCACAUAUUGUGGAUCAUCCGCAACAUCAAAGUUGACAAUGGAGAAUGUACCAUGGCACGCAGAUGUUAAAGCAUUCUCAGAAGCUCUGUCUCUGAAGAGCAAUGGAGAGUACGAAGUAGCUUGCGAGCACGCGCAUUCUUGCUGUGUUCUUCUAGGGAGAACCGACAAGUUCAAAGUGGAUGGAAAGUGGUUUACUUGGAUUGACUAUGAAAAGUUCCAUGAUCUGGUGGCUUCUGGAGAACCGUUCACGAGCAGAGACUAUAUGGCAGAAACACCAUCAUGGGCGGUGUAUGGAGCAGAGGAAGGUGGGUUUGAUCCAGAGCAGUUGCGUUACAAGAAGGAAAGGCAUCAUCACCCUAAACCACAGCCCCAGGCGGUUUUAGCUUAGCUCAUUUUGUUAAAGCUUUUGUGUUUCUUUUUGUUGUUGUGACAACUACAGUGCUAUAUAUAACUCUUGGGAAGACGUUAGUUAAAGUUUUGAAAUCAUAUCAAACUUUAUAACAAUCAAGUUUUAAAUUUAGAUGU